AUGAAGAAAAACAUUGAAGUCUUCGAUUUCAACGAAGAGGACGAGCUCGCUGAGUCCACUGCUGGAAAGCUGUUGGAAAAAUUCACAAACCCUAGUCCGUCCAAUUCUUCGGUUCUGCAACGCCAACGCAUCCAAAGCCUUUGCCAGGUCAAACGUAUUCAGGAAGAAGAAAUGGAGGGAACAAGUUGUGCAGAGGCUGCUACUGCUGUAGUCGAUCGUCAUUGUGAAGAUGCUCCGACUUUAGUAACGGAAGCUGAUGAGUCAACCAGAGACCAGGUGAACGAGACAGAUGUUGAUCAUGGAUUGAUGGUUGGCUUUAAUACCGAAGACCAUGCAAAAGAAACAGAUGUAGAUCACGAUAAUCAUGGAUUGAUGUUUGGUUUGAAUACUGAAGACCACAUAGAAGAAACAGAUGUAGAUCAUGGACUGGAAAGUUUCUCUUGCCAGCCCAGCGCAAAAAAUUUCUACGGUGAAAGUUCAUCAUACAGUCAACCCCAACUAAAUUCACCCCUUUCAGAUUCUUCAUUCAGUCAGGAGCAAACUGAUAUGAUGUCUGCUGUUGAUGAAAGCUUGAGUGAUCGAUCUGCCUUGAGUCAUUCUGAUUCAGAAGGUGAUGAAGAUUGGAUGGCUGAACACUGCUUCAACGAUAUGGAAAAGAUUGACAGAAACACUGCCGUUAUCAUGGCUCCUGAGUAUGUUGUACUUAAGGAUAUGCCUUGUGCUGCAUCUCUGGUAAUCUUUUCAUGCAAUGGCAUCACAGUAAAGAGUUACCUUGCUAAUAAUGAAGAAGGGACUUUCUCUUGUGAAUUUGGAGUUGAAGACAUAGUUAGUAUUCAAUACAAUUGGAUUCGAGUUCUAUCGAAGGAUGAAAAUUGCCAUGAAGAUAUGCAGAACACCACAGACAUUGAGGAGUUAAAGUUUGCAGUUAAAGAAUACAAUUGGCCCGAGAAGCAACAAAAAAUUAACUCGCUGCAUGUGAAAUACCCGGCUUUAUGGAAUGCUGACCUCGAUGGUGACGAGGAAGUACCAGGGGACAACUUGCAUCAACAGAAGCGUUAUUUUCCACGCUUUGAUGAACCAUUUGAGGAUGUUAUCUAUCCAAAGGGAGACCCAGAUGCUGUUUCCAUUUGCAAAAGAGACGUUGAGCUCUUGCAGCCGGAGACAUUUGUGAAUGACACAAUCAUCGACUUCUAUAUAAAUUAUUUGAAGAAUCAGAUUCAAGCAGAGGAAAGACAUCGAUUCCAUUUCUUUAACAGCUUUUUCUUCCGGAAACUUGCUGAUCUCGACAAAGAUCCAUCGAGUAUAGCUGAUGGAAAGGCUGCUUUCCUACGUGUCCGGAAGUGGACAAGGAAAGUGGACAUGUUUGGGAAGGACUACAUUUUUGUGCCGGUGAACUACAAUCUUCACUGGAGUUUAAUAGUCAUAUGUCAUCCUGGUGAAGUGGCUAAUUGUACAGAUCUAAACUUGGAUGACUCCACAAAAGUACCAUGCAUAUUACAUAUGGAUUCUAUAAAAGGGAGUCAUGCAGGGCUUAAGAAUCUAGUCCAAAGUUACUUGUGCGAGGAGUGGAAGGAGAGACAUAAGGAGGCAUCGGAUGACAUUUCUUCCAAAUUCAUGAAUUUGCGGUUUGUCUCACUUGAGUUGCCACAGCAGGAAAACUCAUUUGACUGUGGCCUCUUUCUGCUGCACUAUUUGGAGCUAUUUCUUGCUGAAGCUCCCCAGAAUUUUAGUCCUUUCACGAUAUAUAAUGCUUCCAACUUUCUUUAUCUAAACUGGUUUCCUCCUGCCGAGGCCUCAUUGAAGCGUACCUUGAUUCAGAAGUUAAUUUUUGAACUCCUUGAAAACCGUUCACGGGAAGUUAGCAAUGACCAGAACCAGUCCUGCGAAAGUCCAGUGCCUGUCAAUAACAAUACAGGUAUCGAGGUUCUCUCUAAGAGAUGCACCCCCGUGAUAGACUGCAACGGGAAUAUGACACAGAUGCAAGACGAUCAAGGAAUCGAGAUGACUUUGCUUGAAAGAUCUUCCAUGAGGAACGUGCAAGCUGUUGAUGAUUCCGGUAUGGUUCUGAGGGAUUUAUUCGAUUCAGGAGACAACAACACAGGAUCAUUACUUGGACAGCUACAACAAACAUACGAGGAACCAUCCUCGUUUUAUCAUGUUGGUAACAACUCAUUGGGAACAGAGCACGUAGAGCUGGAAACUGGUGAACAGUUUAUGUGUCUGAACUAUGGAGAGAGCAACUUUCAACGCAUGACUGGAACUGCACCUCCGAGGCAAUCUAUCUCAUUCCCUACAUGGGACCUUACUAUGGUGCCGGGGGAGAAGGAAAGUGAGGCUGAUUCGUUAUCUGAUACCUCGAAAAGCACUUCUAGUGAUUCAGACGAUAUUGGUAUCAUAGAAGACAACCCAGUGAAAAAUAUUUAUGAUGGAGAAACGAGCGAGAGUCCACCAAGAGAGGCGGACUCUUUAUUUGCUGCAUCCGUGGGUCCUAGCGGUGACUAUAAUACUGAGAAUGAAGAGCUCGUUUCUACUGACGACGAGCUUGUGGUUGCACCGAGUCAAGAUGACAGAGACGAGGAGAAGCCAUUGGAGCAUGAUCUUGAAGUUGAGGACAAGACGAGUGACGAUCUUGAAGUCGGGGACAAGACGAAUGGAUAUCUUGGAAUUGAGGGCGUGAGGGGUGAUGAUCUUGAAGUUGGGGACAAGACGAGUAAUGAUCACAUAACGGAGGACAAGACGAGUGAAGACCUUGUGGAUGAUUGUGAUCAGGAAGAGAAGGAGCCAAUGGAGGAAGAAGAUGAGAAGCGAGCUGCAAAAAGGCCAAGGCUAUCUUCCACAGGCGAAGUUGAGGAGAUGGAGAAAUAG